AUGGCUCACUUAAAACUAUUGGCUGGACUGUCCCUACUAAUGUGCCUCCAAGUUGCAUCCUCAACAAAACUGGUGUGCUACUUUACAAACUGGUCCCAGUACAGGCCAGGUGUUGGCAGAUAUUUGCCACAAAAUGUGGACCCCUACCUCUGUACGCACCUGAUUUAUGCGUUCUCCAUCAUCAGCCCCACAAAUGAGCUGUCAACCUACGAAUGGAACGAUGCCGCUUUGUAUACAUCCUUUAAUCAACUCAAGAACAUAAACCCGCAGCUGAAGACUUUGCUCGCUGUUGGCGGCUGGAACUUUGGAACCACACAAUUCACUAACAUGGUCUCCACUCCAGCCACACGCCAGACAUUCAUUCAGUCUUCCAUUAGGUUCUUGCGACAGUACGGCUUUGACGGUUUGGACCUAGACUGGGAGUACCCCGGGGCACGAGGUAGCCCACCGGUAGACAAAAUGAGGUUUACAGUGCUUUGUCAGGAAUUGCUGGCUGCCUUUGAGGAGGAAGGAUCACGAACCGGUCGACCUCGCCUGCUACUAACAGCUGCAGUUGCUGCUGGAAAGGGGAACAUUGACAACGGUUAUGAGAUUGCAAAUGUCUCAAGGUUUCUCGACUUCAUCAAUGUUAUGACUUAUGACUUCCAUGGAGCAUGGGAAACGGUCACUGGUCACAACAGCCCCCUGUACCGCGGCUCUUUUGACCAAGGGGACAACAUCUACAACAACAUUGAUUUUGCAAUGAAAUACUGGCGAGAUCAAGGAGCUCCUCUUGAAAAGCUCAAUGUUGGCUUUGCCACGUAUGGGCGGACUUUUCGUAUACCAUCAGAAGAGAACGGUGUUGGCACUGUUGCCAGCGGGGCGGCGUCUGCUGGGAGCUACACCCGUGAAGCAGGCUUUUGGUCCUAUUAUGAGAUUUGUACUUUCCUCAAGGGAGGAAUUCUCAAUUGGAUAGAGGAACAGAAGGUGCCGUAUGCUGUAAAAGGCAAUGAAUGGGUUGGCUUUGAUAAUAGACAGAGCUUUGAAAUCAAGGCACAGUACCUGAAAGCUGAAAACUUUGGUGGCGCUUUUGUGUGGGCUCUCGAUCUGGAUGAUUUUACUGGACAGUUCUGCGCACAAGGCAAAUAUCCACUCAUCAGUUACCUACGCUCUGCUCUGGAGUCAGAUUUCCCAUCACCGCCGUUGUCAACCACAAGUGGACCAUCCGAAACCACAGAAGCUCCAUCCACAACAACAAUGAAACCAGAGACCACAGAAGCCCCAUCAACAACAACAAUGAAACCAGAGACCCCAGUUGUUCCAGAGACCACUGCGACUCCACUAACCACCACAACUGUUGUGUCUGGCAGUGGUUUCUGCGCCGACAAAGCUGACGGUCUUUUCGUGAACGAAAAUGAUAGCCACUCCUUUUAUCAGUGCUACAACAGCCGCACUUUCAUCAUGAAAUGUCCCGCAACUCUCGUUUUCAACGACAGAUGCAAGUGCUGUGAUUGGCCAUAA